AAUAUGCGUGUUGGGGGAAAUUCUGACAGCUGAGAAGAUGGCUGGUAGUCCAGUCGAAGCAACUGAAAUUCCAAUGGCUUCUCUGACGACUUCUGCUUCUUAUGCUUUUAAACAUAAAACUAACACUAAGGAUAAGAAUGGCAUUGCUGAUUUAGAAGCAAUGAAUACUCUUAGUUUUAGUGAUAACUUUGGUCAGACACCUCUUCACAGAGCCUGUAUUGAUAGCAACUAUGACGAUGUCUACGAAUUGGUUGCACAACAGCAAAGUGGUAGUGGAGGUCAAUGCUACUGAUUACAUUGGACGUACACCACUUCAUUAUGCUUGUGAGGCAGGUAAUGAAAGGAUUGUUCUUCUACUUAUUAAAGGAAGAGCUGAUUGCUUUACACCUUUACGUAUUGCUGGCUCACAUGGAAGCAAAAGGAUCUCAGAAGCUAAUGAUCCUGAUGCCGCUCUUCCUGAUGCUCUUUCUCAAAUUGAGGAUGAUAUCAACCUCACUGAUACUUGUAAUUGUACAGCUCUUCAUAUUGCCUGUGAAGGAGGACAUACACUAGUAGUUAAACUACUACUGAAGCAUGGAGCUGAUGCCAAUCUCACUAAUGAUAAUGGUCGCACAGCACUUUCUAUGGCUUGUGAAGAAGGACACACACAAGUAGUUGAGCUGCUACUGGAGCAUGGAGCUGAUAUCAAUCUCACAGAUAAUUUAAAACAUACAGCACUUCAUAUUGCCUGUACAAAUGGGCAUGCAGAAAUAGUUGAUCUGCUACUCAAGUAUGAAGCUGAUGUCAAUCUCACUGGUGAUAUUUUUGAAUAUACAGCACUUCAUAUGGCCUGCAUGAAAGGACAUGUACAAGUAGCUGAACUAUUGCUGGAGUUUGGAGCUGAUAUCAACCACACUGAUACUUAUAAAUAUACUGCACUACAUAUUGCCUGUAGAAAAGGGCAUACAAAAGUAGUUAAACUAUUACUGGAGCAUGGAGCUGAUGUUACUAAACGUUAUAUAUUUGGUCUUAAUCCUCUUGACAUUGCUGUAGAGGAAGGACAAAAAGAUGCUGCAAUGGCCAUAGUGAACAGUGAGAAAUGGGAAUCUGCAUUACGUAACAUAGUUUGGAGCAGAAGAGAAGAUGCUGAAAAUUGUAAUGAUUCAGAUAGUGACGAUGUUACUAGUAAAUCUAAAACCCAAUUCACAACACCUAUGAGAAGAAUAAUUAAAAAGAUGCCAGAUGUAGCUAAAGUUGUUUUUGAUCGCUGUUGUGAGACAGAAGAAUCACCGUAUGAUCCUGAUUAUAAGAUAACUUAUAAUAAUGAGUUUCUUGAUGAUUUUGAUCGAAAAUGGACUGGACAGCUAGAAUACUCUAGUCAGAAUCACUGUCUUAAUAUUCUUGCUCAUUCACCAAAUGCCGACUUAUUGAAGCAUCCACUUGUCACAAGACUACUUGAUCAAAAAUGGAAUAAAUAUGGGCAUAAAUUCUAUUACUCCAAUUUGAUAGUAUAUUUCCUGUUUGUCAUUCUGCUGUCAUCAUUUGCUCUCUCUGUUCAGUCACCACUUUCAAGCAAAUGUAUUGAAGUAUUUGGAAAUGACAAUGACACAUUUAUUGAUUGCUUUCCUGAGGAAAGUUUUGUACCUCAAAAAUUUAUAUCUUUUGCCAGCGUGUGCUUGAUAGUGUAUUCUACAAUCAUGAUAAUACGUGAAGCAUUUCAAAUCAUUCUGUUCAGAUUACAGUAUUUGACCAGUUUUGCUAACUUCCUAGAGAUUUCGCUAUUCAUUUUUACCAUAAUAUUUACAUCUGUACGUAGCAAUCAGUGCUAUUGUACUCAUCCAUGGCAGUGGCAGAUUGGAGUAAUUGCAGUAUUCCUCAGUUGGAUUGCACUUAUAUUUUUUGUGGAGAAGCUACCAAUAGUUGGAAUAUACGUGGUCAUGUUCAUUAAGAUUUUUAACAACUUUAUUAAAGUUGUCAUUCUUGCCUUAUUAUUAAUCUCAGCCUUUGCAAUUCCUUUAUACAUGAUGUUUAAUGAUCCUCAAGACAAAUCAGAAGGAAUUCGUACUCCAUUCAUCACUCCAUGGAGGACAAUUGUUAAAACAGUGAUGAUGACAAUGGGAGAAUUUAAUAUGGAUUCAUUAUUACAACAGAAUAAUCAAAUAAAUUCUCCAGACGUACAGUAUCCAGUGGUUACAUUUUCAUUAAUAAUUGUGUUUGUGGUUUUAAUGCCAAUCCUAUUUCUUAACCUAUUGACUAGUUUAGCUGUCGGUGACACUCAAGAAAUACAAAAAUCAGCUGAUACUUACAGACUAAUUCUGAGGGUUGAAUUCACACUAAGUAUCGAAGAAUUUCUAAGAUCAUUACUGACACUAAGCAUCUUUAAAAGGACACAAAUUCCCAGAAAAGUUAAAUCCCUCAUCACUGUUAAACGAAAACAAUACAGGUAUCCAAACCAGAAGAAAGGAGUCUUAAAACGUGCUAUUGAUGAGAUUAAGGGAUACUUUACAACACCUCAGGCAACUAUAGCUGAUGUUAAGAAUCAAUGCAAACCGUUAUCUGAGCAAAUGCGUCUUGAGCAUGAUAAAUUACACAGUUUAGUUUCUCGGGAAGUGAAGGAACUAGGCAGUUCAGUAUUUCAGGAAGUGAAGGAAUUACGCAGUUCGGUGACUCAAUUGUUAGCUAUUGUUAAACGUAUCAAGAAAAGACGUGUAAAGAGAAGCAAGAGGAUAAGAAGUAGAUGUAGUAGGAGAGGAGAAAUGGAAGUAGCAUAUUAAUUAGGUUUGAAUGGAGGAGCAGAUAAUUAAUGAUUUAAUUAUUUAAAAAAUAACUUUAAUGUCUAUUUUUAUACUAAAAAUUAAUACUUUUUGUGCUUUUGUAGUUUAUCAAAAUUAUCAUUGCUUGUGUGCUAUGAGAGAGUAUUUUUACAUUUAAAAAACUUUUAAUUGGAAUGAG